AUGAGAGAUAUAUUUCAUUUAGCCAAUCAGUCAAAGCUGGGGGAUAAGGAAUGGUACUAUCAAAUGGUAAAAACUCCCACAAACAAACACUUGAAAUUAUCCAAUCUCAUCACGGAUCAAGUGAAAAUUAUUUUAAUUGAUUUUCAUCAAUCUCUUGUUUCUCCUUCAUCAUCAUGGUUGAUGAAUCAACAACAAGGACACUCUCUGAUGGACAAUUCUCACAUCAACCAUCUCUGUGAUGUGUUGAAAAGAAAAUUUGAAAAUCAAUCCAAAGGAUUCGCAAAAUGGUUACUCGCAAGGGAGGAAUUUUUGACCACAUUGAAUUGGUAUUGUGACAGAUCUUCAAUGAAAGUCGAAUUCGUAAACGAUUACGAGUGUGUGCUUAAAUGGGCAAGAGGUUCCAAUAAUUAUGUCAAUAAGGAUUGGUCCGAGUUAAUGAUGGUGCAAAUUAUUCACAUUAGAGAGUUAUAUGAAACUAAUCAGGAGCUAAUUCAUUCUGUGGAAUUUUGGGAACCUUUUCAGGAAGAAGUUUGGCAUAAAUUACACUCGGGCCGAGUUGAAAUCUUGAAAUACAUUCCGGUGGAGGUUUUUAUACAAUUCAAAGAAUGGAAAGAAAAGAUGGCAGAUUUAUUUCAAAAAAGCUGUCGACUUGAUUUUGUAUUUGAUCUUGAUGACAUUGGCAAAGCAAAGAAAGCAAUUAAUGAGAAGCGUUGUAAGAUGUUUCAAAUUUCAGAAAGACUGAGAGACAAUGAAGAUUUUAUGAAAUAUGUGACUCAAUGCCGACAUAACAACAUUCAAUAUGCAUCUGAACGAUUGAAAAAUGAUCGAAACUUCUGUUUGGAUGUUGUUAUGUCAACUCCUGACUCUUUGUCGUAUCUGGACGUGAACAAAGAAUUUGCUCUCGAAUUACUUCGAAUUACUUUGUCAAAGAUUUUCAUUGUUGGUGGAAAAAUUCAAGAGGAACAACUUCAAACUUGUUUUCCAGAAGUAUGUGAAUAUAUAUCUCCAUCGGUUUGGGAAAUGAACAUAUCGAUGGAUGAAAAGAUGAAGAUUUUUCAACUUUUAUUUCUCAAAGAUUCAAGAAUUUCUUUUAGCCAUAACAAGGAUCUGAUGAAAUCAGUACUUCAAAUGCUUGUUGAAUUACCAGAUGAGUAUUAUCAAGCACACCACAAUCAUCAACACACUCUCAAUGAACAAGGAGAGUUUGCAUGUUCAUUACUUGAAUUACGUAAAACUUGCCUCGAAAAUGAUCAAAUCGUUGAACAACUAUUGACCAAAAUUUACAAGGAUUAUGAUCCAGCAUGGAAGGACGAUGAAGAAUAUUUCUUGAAACGCCGAGAUUUGCAUCUCAUUUUGAAAUACGGACCAAUGAAUUUGAGAAAGGACAGGAAUUUCGUAUUGAAAGUUAUUGUGAAAACAACAAAAAAGGACAGAAGUUUCAGACAUGUGGAAAUAAGAUGGGAGUUGGACAUUCAUCCUGAACUUCAAAACGAUCGAGAAAUAGUUUUGGCAUUCAUGAAAAGAAAUGGACACACCUUAUUUAAGAAGGAGGGAUGUGGGAAUUAUGUGGUAGCUGAAGAAUUUCGAAAUGACAAAGAAAUUAUUUUGGCUGCUCUUACUGCACAUGAUGAUUACAAUCGUUGUUCGUUUAACGACAUUCCACAACAUUAUCGUGAAAACAAAGAGAUAGUGUUGGCAAUUUUAAAUCUCCCACCCUGGCGUUUCGCCAAUGAAAUUGGUAUUGACAACGUUCUUCCAAUAAUAUUAUUAUUUGUUGAAAGAAAGGAUCAAGAAGUGAUAGAUGCUCUUAAAAAGGUAAUAUAUUAUUGGAAAUAUCUCCCUGAUGACUUUUGGAACGAUCGAGAAUUUUUAUUGAAUGCAUUAAGACACAAUGUAGAACCUGGGGAUGUGUUAUGGCGUGCCUCAAAAAAAUUGAAACAAGAUGCAAGUUUUAUGAUGGAAUUUGUAAAAGCUCAUCCAGAGGGAUUGGAUUUAAUCCUGAAUUAUGAAGAAGUUGAACAAUUUAACGAUCAUUUUUGUUAUGAAAUGGCAGUUGAAAGCGUGAAAUUGUGGGGAGUUAUUUCGAGAAAUAUUUUCACCCUCUGUUUGAAUCAAGAACCAACAACAGAGAUUUCAUUCGAUGAAGCUCUGAAGUUUUUGAAAUAUUUGAAAAAUCAGAGAUUUGAACAUGAAUAUUUUGGAUGUCACAUUCCUGAAUCUCGGUUGAUGAAAGAAAAAAUCAAAAGCUUAAAAGGUGAAAAAUUACGGGAUAAAGGUUGGAAAUCAAAAGAACUUUAUAAUUUCUGGAAACAAUAUUUGGGUGUAUAUGCACACGUUUUCACAAGGAAUAUCAGUUAA